GUAUUAGUCUUGAAUACUUGAAAUUAAGUAUUGCCCAUGACAACAUAAUGACGAAUGUCAGAUAAAUUAUCGUUAUCGGUUUAUACCAAUACAACGUGAAAUUGUGAGUGGGCUUGGUGCACGCAAGAGCCUCCGUCAUCAUUCUGUAGUCAACAGUGAACGGUUGCGUUUAACUAUUCCUUAUUUUUGUUUCUCAAUCGUUACUUACUUUUGGAAAAUUUAUAUAGUAAAUUUCUGUUCAUUCAAUGAUUAUGUGUUAUUUAAUGAAUUAGAUAAAUCUAUUUAACUAUUUAAUCUAACAAAUAAUAAUAAAUAAAAUAACAGUGAAAAUAUUUCCUGAACUAAUGGGUGAAAACCGAGGAAAAAAUGGCCACGUGUUGGUAUGGGAACAAUCGGAAUUUAGUGAAACAGAUACAAAAUGCAGGAAAAAAGCACGAUUUGGAUCACGAUACUUUGUGACAUUUAUGUUGUUUUUGGGAAUGGCGAAUGCUUAUGUGAUGAGGACUAAUAUGUCGGUUGCUAUUGUUGCAAUGGUAAAUCAUACAGCGAUAAAAGAUGAUACACAUGAACCAUCGACAAAUGAAUGUCCAGGAAUUAUCGCUGAAAACAUCAAUGAACAAGAUAAUUCUACAGACGGGCCUUAUGUAUGGCGUUCAACGCAUCAAGGCUAUUUAUUGAGUUCUUUUUUUUAUGGAUACGUCAUAACUCAAAUACCAUUUGGAAUUCUCGCAAAACGCUAUGGUUCUAAAUAUUUUCUUGGUAUUGGAAUGUUAAUAAACUCACUGUUUGGUUUAUUAGUACCAGUUUCAGCUGAUUGGGGUUUUUAUUGGCUUAUAGCUGUACGAUUUAUUCAAGGCCUAGGUGAGGGUCCAAUUGUGCCAUGUACACAUGCAAUGCUGGCAAAGUGGAUUCCACCCAACGAAAGGAGUAGGAUGGGCGCUUUUGUCUAUGCAGGAGCUCAAUUUGGAACAGUAAUUUCAAUGCCGUUAAGUGGACUGUUGUCUACGUAUGGUUUUGCUGGUGGAUGGCCGUCAAUAUUUUAUGUUUUCGGAGCAGUUGGGACGAUUUGGUGCAUUGCGUUUCUACUUUGGGUCUACGAGGAUCCUGAACAACAUCCGAGUAUCAGUGAAAAUGAAAAAAAAUAUAUCCUCAGUGCACUGUGGGGUAGUGCGGGAUCAUCUUCUCCUCCAGUACCAUGGAAAUCUAUUAUGACUUCAUUACCAUUUUGGGCUAUUUUGAUAGCCCAUAUGGGUCAAAAUUAUGGGUAUGAAACCUUAAUGACGGAGCUACCAACAUACAUGAAGCAAAUAUUGCAUUUCAAUAUUAAAACUAAUGGGAUAGUUUCUGCACUUCCGUAUCUGGCAAUGUGGAUCUUUUCAAUGUUGAUAUCUCAUGUAGCUGAUUGGAUGAUAUCAUCAGGGAAGUUCACCCAUACAUCAACGAGAAAGAUUAUCAAUACCGUAGGUCAAUAUGGACCAGCUAUCACUUUAAUAAUAGCUUCAUACACUGGCUGUGAUCCACUAUUAACCGUUGCCUUAUUAACUAUUGGAGUUGGAUUAAAUGGCGGGAUUUACUCAGGAUUUAAAGUCAAUCAUCUUGAUAUUUCACCACGUUUCGCAGGCGUUCUGAUGUCAUUUACUAAUUGUCUUGCUAAUCUUGCUGGACUUCUUGCUCCUAUUGUGGCAGGUUAUAUUAUUGACGGACAGGUAACACAUCGUAAAUGGCAAAUAGUUUUUAUCAUUUCUGCAGUGAUUUAUAUAGUAUGUGCCACAUUUUAUAUCAUAUUCGGUUCUGGACAAAGACAGUUAUGGGAUAAUCCGAGCAAAGACCAAAUAAUUAACAAAAGACAAAAAAUUCAUGAUUUAGAAACAGCAGUAAAACCUGUAAACGAUGUUUUACACUAAUAUAAAGUAAUUUUUACUUUUUUGUAUAUGAUAAACUCAUUCCCUCCAUAUUCUAAAAGUUAAACUGAGAAUACGUUAUUCUAAAAAUCAAGUGCUCAAACAAAUUCAACAAUUUUAGGUAAUUUGUCAAUUAUUUAGUGUAACUAAGUAAGAGAAAUGUGCUAGUAUAAUUGAUACAGAUCAUGUAAUUAAUUAAAAAAGAAAAUAAUCAUUUGUCACAAUACUUGUAAAAUAGAUUGAAAAUUUUUAUCAGAGCCUAAAUUUUUAUACAUAUUUUUGAAAAAUAAUGUUUAGUGGUAUUGAAUUUAUUGGCAAAUGAUAUAAAACUUGAUAUAGCAUGUAUAAAAUCCAGUUAUUAUCAGUGAGUUUCUUGUCUUUAAUGUGUGCCAAAUUAGAGUAAAUAUUUCUAAACUUGAUUGAUUUUGUAAUGGAAUCAGCUUUCAACAAAAGCUUCAUCUAGAAUAAUGUCAAGAGACAAAGAUUAUUUCAAUUCAAUUAUUUGAAUUAAAAAGAUUAUUUUUCAUACGUAGUAUAUAAUAUGACAUUCAAUUCAAAUACAUGUAGCAGUUAUUAUUUAUUUAAAUAAAAAAUAAGACCAAAAUAAA